AUGGCUCCUGUGCUGACAGCCAGGCCUCAAAAGCAAUCAGUGACAUUCAAGGAUGUGGCCGUGGAAUUCACCAAAGAGGAGUGGCUGCAGAUGACCCCAUCUCAGAAAAAGUUGUACAGAGAUGUGAUGCUGGAGAACUAUAGGAACUUGGAGUCUUUGGGAUUUGCAGUUUCCAAACCAGAUGUGAUCUACCAUUUGGAAAGAAAGGAAGCAUCUUGGAUGCCAGAGGCAGAUAUUCCCAGAAGCAGCUGUCCAUGGAGCAGAGAAUUUACUGGCGAUAAACAUCCAGAAGAUAAUGAAUGUGGGAAGGACUUCAAAGAUAAGACAUAUUUGUUAAAGCAUCAGAGAUUUCCUAUGGGAGAAAAUCCGUAUGAAUGCAGUGAAUGUGGGAAGGCCUGCAGGGGUAAGACUCAGCUUACAGAGCAUUACAGAAUUCAUACUGGAGAAAAACCAUACGAAUGUAGUGAAUGUGGGAAGGCCUUCAGAUAUAAGACUGGACUUACAAUGCAUCACAGAAUUCAUACUGGAGAGAAACCUUACGAAUGUAGUGAAUGUGGGAAGGCCUUCAGAUAUAAGAAGGAACAUACAGUACAUCACAGAAUUCAUACUGGAGAAAAACCUUAUGAAUGUAGUGAAUGUGGGAAGGCCUUCAGAUAUAAGACUGGACUUACAAUGCAUCGUAGAAUUCAUACUGGAGAGAAACCUUAUAAAUGUAGUGAAUGUGGAAAGACUUUCAGGAUUAAAAUACACCUGACAGUGCAUCACAGAAUUCAUAGUGGAGAGAAACCUUAUGAAUGUAGUGAAUGUGGAAAGACCUUCAGAUAUAAAAGGGAACUUACAGUGCAUCAUAGAAUUCACACUGGAGAGAAACCUUAUGAAUGUAGUGAAUGUGGGAAGGCCCUCAGGGGUAAGACAGAACUUACAGUGCAUCAGAGAAUUCAUACUGGAGAGAAACCUUAUGAAUGUAGUGAAUGUGGAAAGGCCUUCAGAUAUAGGAUUCAACUUACAGAGCAUCACAGAAUUCAUACUGGAGAGAAACCUUAUGAAUGUAGUGAAUGUGGAAAAGCCUUCAGAUAUAACACACAUUUUAAAAAGCAUCACAGAAUUCAUAGUGGAGAGAAACCUUAUGUAUGUAGUGAAUGUGGCAAGGCUUUCAGAGACAAGACACAAUUUACAAUGCAUCACAGAAUUCAUAGUGGAGAGAAACCUUAUGAAUGUAGUGAAUGUGGGAAGGCCUUCAUUACCAAGAAGCCCCUUGCUCUGCAUCAGAGAAUUCAUACUGGAGAGAAACCUUAUGAAUGCAGCGAAUGUGGGAAGGCCUGCAGGGAUAAGACUCGACUUACAGAGCAUUACAGAAUUCAUACUGGAGAGAGACCUUAUGAAUGUAAUGAAUGUGGGAAGGCCUUCAGGAGUAAGUCACACCUUACUGUACAUCAGAGAAUUCAUUCAGGAAAGAAACCUUAA